UACAUUUUAGAUAAAAUGAGUUUUAUAUUUGAGAGAAAAAAUAUUUGUCUUAAAAUUUCGAAAUGUGAUCACAGUGGCAUUAAAUUAAAGAAUCUUCCACUAGAAUCCAGCAGAAUUUUUACAAGUGAAGAACUUAUUAAUGUUAUUAACAAUGGCUCUGAAUUAGUAAUUAAUUAUAGUGAAUAUAAUUUUGAAAAGCUUUUUCAUGUUGAAGUGGUCACAUCUUCCAAUGAUAAUUCCCCCAUUUUGCAAAGUGGUAAUAGUUUAUGGUCUGGUUAUUUGCAAGCAAAAUUAUAUAUGAUACAGAGUUUGGAUACUGCAAUGAAAAAAGGAAAUAUACUUCUUUUACCUGGUAUUACUAAUGGUGAACUAGAAAUUUUUGUGGUUAUUUGUAAAUCUGCAUUUCAUUUAAUUACUGAACCUGAUGAAAAGUCCCAUGGAACAUUUACAGGAAAUUUAAAACCAAUUUUUCAAUUACUUUUUUCACUAAUUGACGAUUGUACUCAAAAUUUAUAUCAAAGUUCUCCAAAAUUAAAAAGUACUAAUGAUUUAUAUACUUAUAUUAAACAUCACAAUUCAAUGUUAACUAUAUCAUCAAAUCUAAAAAAUGUUCAGCACCAACAUCUUAAUCCAACACUGAGAAAAUACCAAGUUGAAGCUGUGUCUUGGAUGAUAUCCAAAGAAAAUGAAGAUUUUUAUGAGACAGGAAAUCAAAAUGAUCUACAUCCUUUAUGGCAAGAAAUAAUAUGUCUUGAUGAUACAAAAAUUUAUUUCAACCCAUACAAUGGAAGAUUAACAUUGCAACGUUUUACUCAGGAUCUAUUGCCAAAAGGUGGUAUUCUUGCUGAAGAAAUGGGCCUUGGCAAAACAGUAGAGGUUUUGGCUUGUAUCUUAAAUAAUCCAUGUCCUACCAAAUACUUUCAUGAUGACCAAAAUAUUAAAAAUAAAGAAAAAAGUUUUGAUGAUAUCAGAAUUGCCAAUAAAGAAAAUGAUAAAUUAAUUACUGAUUGUUGUAAUUUUGAAGGUUUAAUUCCAAAUGAGAUAGACAAAUCGCGCAAAAUUGAUAAUUUGUUCCCAAAAGAACAUGAUGAUUUGCUACCAAGCAAACAUGAUGAUUUGCUACCAAGCAAACAUGAUGAUUUGUUACCAAGAAAAUAUAAUUUGUUACCAAGUAAACAUGAUGAUUUGUUACCAACGGAACAGGAUGAUUUGUUACCAAGCGAAUAUGAUGGUUUGUUACCUGCUAAAAGGUUGAAGUAUGACAAUAGUUUUUUUUUAUCUGAAUUUGAAAUUUUAAACAAAAAUGGAAUAGAAAACAAUAAUGAUUUAUUGAAAUGUACCACAUGUGAUCUCUGUGGGAAUUCAAAUGAUAAUACAAAAAUUGUAUGUCAAGAAUGUAAAGUUAUUAUGCAUAAGGAAUGCGCAGGUUUUGUUAAUCUUAAUGUUAAAAACCAUUUCUGUCCAUUAUGUGUAGUCAAACAGAUAACAGAAACACAUUGUACACUUAUAGUGUGUCCAGAUACUUUGUUAACACAAUGGGUUUUAGAAAUUGAGAAGCAUGUAAAGAAAGAUACCCUAAAAUACAUGGUCUACAAAGGGAUAAAACAGCACAAAUUUAUACAACCUAUAUAUUUAGCAGAAUAUGAUAUAAUUUUAACUUCAUUUAACACUCUUCGAUUGGAUUUUAACUAUGUUUUAGCAGAGAGUGCAAAUUUUUCACUACGUUACAAAAAAAGAUAUGUUAAUGUACCUUGUCCAUUAAUUGCUUUAAAAUUUUGGAGAAUGUGUAUAGAUGAAGCCCAAAUGGUUGAAUGUAGAAGCACAAAAUUAGUAGAAAUGUGUCUAAGAAUCAAUGCCUGCCAUCGAUGGUGUGUAACUGGAACACCACUUCAGAAAAAAAUUGAUGAUAUAUAUGGACUUUUAAUGUUCUUAUGUGUAAAACCAUACAAUUUACAAUUUUGGUGGAGAAAAGGUUUGCUUGAUUAUUAUAAAGCUGGUCAUCAUCAAAAACUGUUUAACCUUAUUGCAUUAAUUACUUGGAGAAAUAGUAAAGAACAUGUUGGCUCACAAUUAGAAAUACCUAAAAUGUCUGAGUUUGUAACUAAUUUGCAUUUUUCAGCUAUUGAACACAAUUUUUAUUUCAAAGAACACGAAAAAUGUCGAAAAAAAAUUGACUUAAAGACAGGGCUAAAUUCACUAAAUCAAUCAUCAAAGUUAUCAGAGUUACAUAAUGAUAAAAUUAAUCAAAUUUUGUCAAUAAUGCUUCCCUUGCGUCAAGCAUGUUGUCAUCCAUCUGUUGUUCGAACAAACCUUUUUUUUUUUGAUAAAUGUAAUAUAACCAUGGAUAGACUUAUUGAAAAGCUUAUUUCUGAUGCAAAGAUUGAGUCAGAAGAAGUGCAUAGAAAAUUAAUUUCUGCAAUAAAUGGUAUUGCUGGAGUUGAGAUCCUAAUGAACAAUAUUCCAGCUGCAAUUGAAUCUUAUGAACAGGCAAUAUCUUCAUGGAAGAACAAUUCAGAUAUCAAAACUGACAACUUGCAAAAAUUGCAUACCUUAUUUAAUCUUCAUGAAAUUCUGACAACGUUUGAAAAAAGCAAAUAUGAUGAGCACUGUUUGAUUGAAAUGCAUAGGGAAACUGAACAGUUGCGUUGUAAAUACAUUGAAGGUAUAAAAAAUGACAUUGAAAUAAGCAAAGCAGAGUUAGAUCAAGUUAAGAUAGAAGUUAAUGAAAAGAAAAAUAAGAUUGAUUUUGAUAAUCCUUGGUGGUUGCAACUACUUAUUUACACUAAUGAUAAUGGUUUCUAUGAGAACUUUAUCAAUAAAGUUAAAGGAGAUUUUAUAACUUCACUUAGUGUAAACUCUUUGUCUUGUUUGACUUAUGAAAUCCAAAGAAACAUUGAUAAGCAAGAGUUGACUCGUAAAGAAAUAUACACUGAACUGAAUGACAUUGCAAAGUUUCCUGAUUUAUUUUGUGUAAGGAAUGUAGCUGAUUGUUGUUUACAAAGUAACAAAAAUGUGGGUUCGGGAAGUUGUAAUUUCUGUAACUUUGAAAGAAGACUUGAACUUUACGAAUUAAUGCUAUUCUCUCAACGGUGUUUUCAAAGCAGUGAAAAUGAAAAAGUAUCUGGACUUAGACUUGAAACAGAAAUGGAAAAAUUGUUUAAAGUGAUUUUAUCUUUUGCAAAAACUAUUGAUGCUUCUCUUAGUAUACUGAAUCAAGGGAAGGAAUAUAUGAAAUAUGUGGAUGCAUUAAAAAAGGAGUUUAAAUGUCUGCGUAUACAGUUUUUAUUUUAUUAUCGUCAACUACAAUUGUUAGAUGAGCUAAACAUGUGUACAAUGAGAGUACAACUCAAGCAAAAUAGUGAAGAAAAUUCCUAUACUUUAGAUGGACAAAAGUUAACUCAGUAUAGACUUUUAUAUGAAUCUGAAAAAGAAGCAGCUUCAUUAGAACUGGCCAAGAGAAAAGGGCAACUACUUUACUUGCAAAAUCUUGCAACUGUUCAAACAGACCAGGAGGGUUACAAUCAUGAAAUUUGUCCUAUUUGCGUAGAUAAACUUGGUGUGCAGUGGGCAGUCUUUAACUGUGGUCACUGUAUAUGCUGUCAAUGUCUGGUUGAAUUACAAAAACAUCCUGUUUCAAAUGCUAGAUGUCAAGUGAUUAAAUGUCCAGUAUGUCGAACAGCAAAUAAUCAUGUUUCUAUUGUUGUAACAAAGCAGAAAAAACCAGAUAGUUUUGAUGCUCAUAUUACAUAUAAGGGUUCUCAUUCAACAAAAAUUGGUGCAAUUGUUCGACGAAUUCUUUGGAUACAUGAGCAAGAUUCUUCUAGUAAAGUUUUAGUAUUUUCAUCAUGGCAUACUGUACUAAAUCUUUUAUCUCUAGCAUUGAAAGAAAAUAAUGUAGUUUUUCGUAUUCUUCAAGGUGGCGGCAAUAAAUUUCAGGCGUAUCUUGAAGAGUUUAAGCAAAGUUUAAGUAUAAAUGUUUUGUUAUUACCUAUACAAGCUGGUGCUAAAGGAUUAAAUAUCAUUGAAGCAACACAUGUUAUAUUUGUUGAACCAGUAUUAAACAUAGGAGAAGAACUGCAAGCAGUCGGAAGAGUUCAUCGAAUCGGUCAAACAAAAUUAACAUUUAUUCAUCGGUUUAUCAUUUGUGACACUAUUGAAGAAAAGAUUGUAGAGUUUUUUAAAGAUAAGCAAGAUAAAUCUCAAGUAGAGCCUGGCUAUUCAAUGACACUUGGAGAUAUAACUUCGUUGAUCGCAUGAUUUCAACAUAUUUUGUAUUAUGAAUGAAAAAGAAUUUCAUUUUGAUACUCACGAAUAAAAUAAAUUUAACUAA